GUCCUUUGACUGAUACCCCGCCAACUUUUUCCGGGCGCAAGACGAGAAGUGAUAUGUGGUAUGAAGGGAUGCAGAAUCUUUCAUGGCAGAAGUGCUGGAAGGUACUUGAAAUGCUCUAAUUGGAAUUAUUCAACAUCGGCUUCGGAACCAAUUGCGAAAGCUAACGACCUCAAAAAUGUUUCUUCGAGCUUUGGUACUACAGACGACCUGAAUCUGCAGCAGAAGGACAAUGGCACGCAAACCACGGAGAUAGACGGAGAAAAUGGGGAAAAGAAUGGAUUCAGAAAACAGAUCAAGCAGCGUGAAUUACCUUUUUCACCCCUCAUGGAUCCCUCAUUUCACGAAGCCAGAAACAGACAUUCAGCUCCCAAACCACAACCCAGCAAAGAAGAGCGAACACCUUUCCAAGAGCAACUUGCUAAGAACCCUUACGGUAUGCACACCAUGAUUCUUUUUACUACUCAAUAACUUACAGUCCCCAGCUCUCGCCCUCACAACCCCAGUCCGUCAAUGUUCCGCGACCCAGCUCUCUCUCCCCAGUUUCUUCCUCCAAGACUUCACCCUAAUGGCGCAUCCAACCACAUCCCACGCAUGGCACGUUCCUCGGAGUCUAUCCUCUCAUUCAUCCAGUCUCAAAUCCUCCUCCGAGGAAGAGUCAUCCGUCCACAACCCUUCCCUAGGGUCUACCACCUACGUAGCCAUGCGCCAACCACUCUUCCAAUCAUUUUUCAAAAAAGGUUCGGGAUACACAGGGAUUUACAAGAAAUUCGGGAUCGCAAAUGCAAAAAGUAUCGCAAGGAAGCACGUUACGUUACAAGCGGUUUGGAGACCAGAUAUGGAUACUUUUUUGCUGGAAUUGAUGAGGAGGAGAACGGUGGAAUUAUUGGAGUACUUGUGUAGUAGGGAUAAUCGAUAUAUACACAAAUGUGCGAGUUGGGAAAGAGUGGAAUGGAGUGAGCAGGUUGGGUGUGUGUUGUGGACGGGACAAAAGGUUAUUUCGGGAGAAGGACAGCAGGGAGAGGAACAGGAACAGGAAUAUGAGCGAGAAAUCCCACCCGGAGAAUUCGAAACCAAGAGGAUUGGACCUGGGGGGAGAAAAGUUGUACCGGUGUUUAAUCUAAGAACGAUGAUGGGAAAACAUUGGAUUCAGAAGAUGAGGGAAGGGAAUCGGAUUUUUGAGAAUCAGAUCUUGGUUGUCAAACAUAAGAAUGCUACGAAAGAGAUACAGAUGAAGUUAUGGAAGUUGCAAGGUUAUGUUGCUACGUAUGGGGGAAUGUCUGAUGAGGUCAAUUUCGAAAAAUUGCAGAGAGCUAAGAAGGCCAACUUCAAGUCGGUCGAUAUUACCGACUCCAAACCAAAGGGGAAUUUUGUAGCGUUCGGUAAACGUGAUAGAUAAUAACAGAUAAAAUCAACUCAAAUUAGCUCUAUUGCACGGGUAUUGUGCAGGUCUU